UUGGCUAUCUCUCAUGUCAUUCAACAAAAAACCGUUGCUGCGUGCCUGUUUUGUUGACAUCCGGUUAUCAGACACACCAUUGCGACUUCCCCGACUGAAUCAUUAAUUUAAAUGGCUUCAGGUUACCGAAAACCAACUCCUUCGGCUAGUCAAAGGAAAAAAACAUGUUCCAAAAGCGAACUGACUGAGGAGCAAAAGCAAGAAAUUAAAGAGGCUUUUGAUCUCUUUGACACAGAUGGCACUGGAACAAUAGAUGUGAAGGAGCUAAAGGUUGCCAUGAGAGCACUUGGGUUUGAACCAAAGAAAGAAGAUAUCAAGAAGAUGAUUGCAGACAUUGAUAAAGAGGGCUCUGGAACAAUUGACUUCAGUGAUUUUCUCAGUAUAAUGACAGUGAAAAUGAGUGAAAAAGACUGCAAAGAAGAAAUAUUAAAGGCGUUUCGGCUGUUUGAUGAUGACGGCACAGGAAAAAUCUCCUUCAAAAAUCUCAAGAGAGUUGCCAAGGAGCUGGGAGAAAACCUCACAGAUGACGAAUUACAGGAAAUGAUCGACGAGGCCGACCUCAACGGUGACGGUGAGAUCAACGAGCAGGAGUUCUUGAGGAUAAUGAAGAAAACUAAUCUUUACUGAGUGUUUACAGUCUUGAUGUUUUUUUUAAGAUUCAUCUUUGGUUCUAUCGGAACAGUUUAUACAGAAGCUUUCUUUUUCUUUGGCCGACAGAUUUGUGUAGUUUGUGAAUAAAUAUUUUAACGUACUGUAUCUUUGCACAGAUUUUUUCUACAAAGGGAGACAAAUAAAUAUAUUUCCCCGCAUGUGCCUGUUACUUUUACACACUGUUUGUCUGUGUUGUGUUUAUAUUGCUUGUAAACAUGCAGCGUUUGCAGGAGUUUAAUGUUUCCAUGUGCACAUAAUGCGAUUCUGAAGUGUCUGUGUCACUGUGUACGCUGCAGCACAUUCUGCACAGCACUGCACGCCUGGAAUGGUCAGAAGUCGGGGAACAGACAGUGAAAGUCUUAUGACUAAGUCGAUGUCUAAUAACCAGAAUGAUGUUACUGCAGACCGACAUGACAGACCGUGAACUGCAGAUGAGUAACUCAGUAAAAGUCACUCUCACUUCAGGUUCUGAGGUACUGAAUCAAGUCAUCGUCUGUAGAUACAGUACAACUCUCUCUCUCACCUUCUCGUCGUGUUGUAGGAAAGAUUAAUAUGUAAUAUACAUGCGUUUGACCAAAACACCAAACCUCGUCAAAAUAAACAGGAUAUUGUAGUGACGUGUGUUUUUCCGAGACGUCUGUGUGUUAUUUAGUAAGAUGCUUGUCACGGAUUGUGAAAGUUCUGAUAACCGGUUCCAGACAGCGGAAGAACGUCGGGCGGAAAAUGUGAAAAGCUUUGUCCCAAGUGUUCGUUAUGUACCGCACACGAGAUGAUAACUCUCUCAGGUCCUCCAGAUGCUAACGCUGCUUCAUGAACUCUUAACUCUCAUAUUCAAGCCCAAAAUAAAAGUUGUUUAUUACUUC